AACAAUCUGGACGCAAUCUAAAUGACUGUAUAGUAUUUUAUGAGUUUGAAUGUGAUAUGCAACCACUCGACCUUAUGAUUUUGUUCCGUUAAUAAGAGUCCUCAAGAUAACUUUUGUGCCUUGUAUCAGAAUCAUUUUACCAUGGGUUCUUCUGCUCGUUUAAGACAGUACAUGAAUGAUGAUGGUCCAUUGAUUUUAGAUGGUGGAUUAGCAACUGAACUGGAGGCGCAUGGAGCCCAUUUACAGGGGGAUCCUUUGUGGAGUGCCAGGCUCCUGCAUACUGAUCCUCAGGCCAUUAGAGACGCUCACUACAGGUUUCUCCUCAGUGGUGCUGAUGUCGUCGCUACAGCCACUUACCAGGCGAGUAUUAAAGGAUUCAUCGAUCACCUCGGGGUGAGCUCUGAAGGAGCCAGAGAGCUGCUGAUGUCUGGAGUUCAUCUGGCCAAAAAGGAGGUGGAAAGAUUUGUCUCUGAAAGUCCUACAAAAGGGAGGAGCCGUCCUUUGGUGGCAGGCUCUGUUGGACCGUAUGGAGCCUUUCUGCACAACGGAUCAGAGUACACGGGGGCUUAUGCAGAGCAGAUGAGUAUAGAAGAUCUUAAAGUUUGGCACCGUCCACAGAUCGAAUGUUUAGCGGCAGCAGGAACUGAUCUUGUUGCUUUUGAGACAAUACCGAGUAUAAAAGAAGGCAAAGCUCUGGUGGAGCUGCUUAGAGAGUUUCCUGAUUGUAAAGCCUGGCUCUCCUUCUCUUGUAAGGAUGAGAAACAUAUUUCAGACGGCAGCCUCUUCACUGAAGCCGUGCAGAUUGCUAACAAAUCCUCUCAGCUGGUUGCAGUUGGAGUAAACUGUUGUUCACCGGAGCUGGUGGAGCCGCUGCUGGACUCUGCCGGGUCUCUGCUGAGCUCUGAGCUGACCUGGGUGGUUUAUCCCAACAGUGGAGAGGAGUGGGACACACAGCAAGGGUGGCUCACAUCAGCAGAAAAAUCUGGAUCAGUACCAAAGCUCAGUCACACAUGGAGGAAGCAAGGUGCUGCUUUGAUAGGUGGUUGCUGUCGUAUUGGUCCCACUCAGAUUGCAGAGUUAAGGUGUAAGCUGAAAGGGAGCAGCACAUCUGCAGAGCAACAAGACUGAAAAUGUUCAUAAAUGUGACUGUUGUAAAGAAGGAAGUCUAC